AUGCCUCCGAGACCAGGCGACACCUCGACCGUGGAACCCAUACCUGGGAGCCGAAACAUUCUCAUCACCAGUGCAUUGCCAUACGUGAACGAUGUACCGCACCUGGGCAACAUCAUCGGCUCCGUGCUCUCCGCAGACGUCUUCGCCCGGUACUGUCGGGCACGCGGCCUGAAUACCCUCUACAUCGGUGGCACGGACGAGUACGGGACAGCCACGGAGAUCAGGGCAUCCCGGGAGGGCUGCACACCCAAGGAGCUUUGCGAUCGGUUCCACAAAAUUCAUGCGGACAUAUACCAGUGGUUCAACAUCAGCUUCGACAAGUUCGGGAGGACCACGACUCAGAAUCAAACGGAUAUUGCGCAACACAUAUUCUCAAGGGUGAAUGACAACGGGUUCUUGGACGAACGGGUGACGAGCAGGCUCUACUGCGAAUCCCGUGGGCGGUUCCUUGCAGAUCGAUACGUUGUUGGCGACUGCCCUCACUGCGGCAAAGACGCCAAAGGUGACGAGUGUGAUGCUUGCGGCUCGUUCGACGAUGCCAUCGAGCUCAAGAACCCUCGGUGCAACUUGGACGCCUGCGGAGCCACACCUGUCACGCGGGACACGAGACAUCUGUUUUUCAGGCUGGACAGGUUGCAGUCACGGGUUCAGGCCUUCUUUGACGACUCUGAAGCAAAGGGCAAAUGGUCAAGUAACGGAAAAGGCCAGACCGUAGGCUGGUUCAAGAAAGGCCUGAAGGAACGCAGCAUCACACGGGACAUUAAGUUUGGGACACCAGUUCCUUCAGACAUACCUGGCUACGAGGACAAGGUUAUAUACAACUGGUUCGACGCCCCGAUUGGAUAUUUGUCCAUCACAGCCGAGUACACAGACAAAUGGCGGAACUGGUGGCAACCGGAGGACCCUGACGACGUCCAGCUCUACCAAUUCAUCGGGAAGGACAAUGUUUUCUUCCACUCCAUUUUCUUCCCGGCCACCCAGAUCGCAACUGGGGAAAACUGGACCAAGUUGCACCACCUGUCCACCACGGAAUACCUACAGUACGAGGGAACCAAGUUCUCCAAGUCAAGGGGAGUUGGUGUGUUCGGCGACCAGGCGAAGAACAGCGGGAUAAAGGCCGACGUAUGGCGGUUCUACCUCCUCUACCAUCGCCCAGAGGACAGUGACACGGAGUGCACGUGGGACGCCUUUAUCGUCGCGAACAACAACAUCCUCACCAAUAAUCUGGGCAACUUCGUCAACCGCGUCAUCAAGUUUGUCAACAAGCCAAGACCCGGAGGCUACGGUGGCGCCGUGCCUGACGGUGAGCGGGUCUGCGAUGCGGAUGGCUCCCUUCGCAAGGGGAAGGAAAAUGUCAACUGCCUCCUCAGCUCGUACCUCCGCCACCUUGAUGCCGUCGAGCUGCGCGCGGCGCUUCUCGCCAUCCUCAAGAUUUCCGAGGCUGGCAACGAAUUGGCUCAAAAGGCAAACAAGCUAUUCAAGAGCGACAAGGAAGAAUGCGGGGCUUUCUUGCACACUUGCCUCAAUGUUAUCCACCUACUCUCUGCUCUUCUGCAGCCCUUCCUGCCGGACACGGCGGAUUCAAUAGCCCGGCAUUUGGGCGUGGAUCCAGUCCUUGCCAUUCCUGACACCUUUGAUUAUGAUUCCAUCCGACCUGGCCACCAGCUCGGUGAGGCCGAACAUCUGUUCACGAAGAUCAACCCCGAGCGGGCUGAAGAUUGGAAGGCGCAGUGCGGUGGGAGCGGAUCGAAAGGACUGACACCAGGGGAAAAGGGCAACAAAAAGAACGGCAAGGACAGCAAGAAAGGAUCUGCAGACUUGGGUGUGUCGAAGAGUAAGGAGAGUGGUGGUGCAAAGGGGCCUGGAGGUGAUCAGGAAGACCAGCCAAAGUCUGAGGCUUCUGUACUCGACAGGAGUGCUGCUGUUGAGGGUGGUCUUACGCAGGCUCUGCGACCAUUGUCUUUUGAAUGA